CCAAGCUCAGGCCAAUCAGCGAGCUCCGGCCUGCUGUACGUGGAUUUUCCGACCGCUUCGGCCGCGCCAUGCGUGUUUGCCUUGCCCUGCAGUAGCACCCAAGCACCCAGCAAGAGCAGGCAGGUAGCGCUACACCUCAGCAUUCCGCAUCGGUUCAACGUCAAUUGCAGCUACAACCACCUCCAAACGAAGCACUCCCCAUCAACGACGACGACCCCACGACGCACCACCACACGGCCAACCCUACGAUCCAUCACGAAGUAAUCACGGCCGACAAAACGACUUUGAGAAUCCUCCAAAUCAUCCGAGAACCCAGCGGUCACUCGCUUUAGGAGCCCGAAAUGAGCUCUCCCUUCUCCAUCAGUUCGUCUUCCUCUUAAUCCUCUAGGUCCUUUUGCCUCUAUAUCGAAGUCCAAUUCCUAACUCUCUCCCCCCACAGAUGGCGGUGCCUGCGUC